ACUUAUUACUUAUUAUUAUUUAAUUUAAAAUUCCGAAAAUUGGUAGUAGUCAUUGUUCUAAAAUAAAGUGUUGGAUCGAAAAAUAUCCAGAAUUGAAAACAGAAGGCAAAAUUAUAUUUUGCACGUCGUGCAGUAAGGCUAUUGGUUGUGAACGUAAAUCACAAAUCGACGCAUACUGUAAUUCAACUGUACACCAACAAAUGACUACUACUAAAAAGAAUAAUCGUAAUCCGGUGCAAUUGUUCAUAUCUGAAACCACCUCAGCAAUGGCUAGUCGAAACGAAUUUUUAACAGAUAUGUGUUUUGCCUUGGUAGCCACAAAUAUUCCUUUCAAUAAACUUCAGUCGACACCAUUUAAGAAUUUUUUACAAAAAUAUGUUAGUCAGAAUAUUCCAGAUGAAAGUACGUUACGAAAAAAUUACUUAAAAUUAUGUUUUGAAUCUAUUCUUACGAAAAUACGAGAAAAAUUAACUAACGAAUUAAUUUAUAUUAUGGUGAACGAAACGACUAAUUCUAGAGGGCUGUAUGUUUGUAGCUUAAUUAUUCUGAUACUUCAUCCGGAAAUAAUGCCUACUUCAUUUCUGAUUUCUUACAAAGAAUUUAAAAAAACUAACUAUGAAACAAUUUCUCGAUUUGUGAAUGAUAAUUUAACGGAAUUUUUUGAAGACACGUUAUUUCAAGAUAAAAUUCUGUUUUUUAUCAGCGAUGCCGCACCAUAUAUGAUAAAAGCUGGAGGAGCAUUACAAAUAUUUUAUUCUAAUAUUAUUCAUAUACCUUGUGUUGCCUAUGGCUUAAACCGUGUGGCCGAAAAAGUUAGAGACAUUUUCCCGGGUAUAAAUAAACUAGUAAGUAAUGGAAAAAAUUUUUUUUUAAAAGCUCCUCACCGUAUUACUGCUUAUAAAAAUUUUAUGGACUGUCACUUUUCGCCAGAACCUAUAAUAACAAGGUGGGGAACAUGGUUAGAAGCUGCUUUGUUUUACUCUGAAAAUAAUAAUCUAAUAUAGAAGAUGACGCCCAAUCUGUCAAAAAAGUAAAAUCCAUUUUGAGUACUACAUCUAUUAUAUCUGAUUUAUCAUUUAUCCGAACACAUUUGUCCCAGUUGCCAAAUUUAAUUAUAAAACUUGAAAAACAAAAUUUUACUUUAAAUGAUCAAAUAGGUGUAGUUGAAAUAGUAAUAUUGAGAAUGAAAAGGGACAAAUACUCUAUGAAAAAUUAAAAUCAGUAUUUGAUAAAAAUCCCGGAUACUAUAUUUUAAAACUAUACAAAAAUUCAAUAAAUGGAAAUGACGUAAAUUUAAAAUAAGAUCUUGCUAUUAUAAGCUGUUACAAACAAUGUCCGAUAACAAGUGCCGACGUAGAACGUGUGUUUUCACAGUUAAAACACAUAUUAAGUGAUAGAAGACAUAAUUUUACCGAAAAAAACUUAGAAAUGUACAUGAUUAUAAAUUUUAA